CACCAUCCAACUAAAGAGAAAGAGCCUAUCUCAGAUGACCACCAUGGAAUGUUUGAGAACAGGCCGUUAGUGUAUGUGAUGUACAGUCAACUUCAAUUUAGAAAUCCCUCCUUGCCUCUGGCACCAUGGAUGAUGCUGCAGUCCUUAAAAAGAGAGGCUACGUCCUGGGAAUCAAUCUGGGAGAAGGGUCAUAUGCUAAAGUGAAAUCUGCCUACUCCAAUCGACUAAAAUUUAAUGUUGCUGUGAAGAUAAUCAACAAGAAAAAAGCACCUCAUGACUUCCAGGAAAGAUUUCUCCCCAGGGAAAUAGAGAUUUUGGCCAAAGUGAAUCACCGCUCAAUUGUCAAGACCUAUGAGAUUUUUGAGACCUCUGAUGGCAAAGUCUACAUUGUGAUGGAGCUUGGCAUACAAGGAGACUUACUAGAGUUCAUCAAGAGCAGAGGAGCCAUGUCUGAGGAGAUAGCUCACAAGAUGUUUCACCAGCUGUCUUCUGCCAUCAAGUACUGCCACGACUUGGAUUUAGUCCACAGGGAUUUGAAAUGUGAGAAUCUCCUUCUAGACAAAGAUUUUAAUAUCAAACUGUCAGACUUUGGCUUUUCCAGACGACUGACUCGAGAUGAAAAUGACAGGCUUAUUCUCAGUAAAACCUUCUGUGGUUCUGCUGCAUAUGCAGCCCCUGAAGUGUUACAGGGUAUUCCUUAUGAACCUAAGAUUUAUGACAUUUGGAGUCUGGGUGUCAUUCUGUUCAUAAUGGUCUGUGGCUCGAUGCCAUAUGAUGACUCAAACAUUAGCAAAAUGCUAAAGUUUCAGAAAGAACACAGAGUGCACUUUCCCAGGUCUAAAAGCUUGACAGUUGAAUGCAAAGACCUUAUUUACCGCAUGCUGCAGCCAGACGUGGCUCAGAGGUUGCACAUAGAGGAAGUUUUUUAUCACAGGUGGAUGCAGGCACCAAAACCCAGCGUCUCUUCAGCAACUGCAUUUGUAAAAGAAGGAGAGUGUUCUCAAAAACUCAGAGAGCUGAAGUCAGAGCGCAAACCGGAAAUUGAAUCCAGCGGGGAAACUAAGCCUGAGAGACCAGAUUUCAAAACUGAAUGUAAAGCAGCACCCAGAUUGGAGGUGGUACUGGAAGCAGAGGAUGCCAUUCCUGAAGAGCAAGCAGAAGUUAAUGAUCUUGCAGAUCAAAUGCAAAGAACAAGGAUCAACUAUAGUGAUGAUUAAAGGAUAGCAAAGAGUAGUAUUUUAUCUAGCCCCACAAGGAGUAAUUAACAAGACUAUGAAGGGAAGAGUAUGCAAAGGAACCAAAGCAGAAAGAAGUAAAAACAAUUUUAUAGAUUCUUUAUUGAUAAAGACAUAGCUAAACAAUGCACCAAUAGGACACAACAUUCAUAAUAAAAGUAUAAAGAAAGGA